AUGACAAUGGAUGCUUCACAUUCUCUCUUAGAACAAGACAACAACCGUAGGGCCGAAGAAAUGUCGCACAAGGUUUCUCUACUUAAAGCAUACGCCAAAGAUAUUGAAACUGAAUCCAAGUCACAAAAUAAAUUUCUUGAUGAAAUUCAGGGCUCGUUCGACAAUGCCAGUAAUCUUUUGUCAAAUACACUUCAUCGAGUCCUUGGAAUACCAAAAAAGCGUAACAGAAUAACAACAUUUGAAUCAAUUCAAACAAUUUUACCUGAAUAUACAUUCAAUGAACGUUUAAAUUAUAGUGAAUUAUCAGAACAAGAUAAAAACAAUAAUUGUAAUAAUUCUAUUAUACAAAAUGAUGAUAAUAUUGUAUACAGUUCAAAAAUUUAUAAAAAUCGUAGUCCACGUAUACCAUUUUCACGUGAUCAAAUAUUUGGAUUAGAACGAAAGUUCCAGAAUUCAAAAUAUUUAAGUGGAUGGGAAGUGAAACAAUUGGCGAAAAAUUUAAGUCUUACAGAAACGCGCGUUAAAAUAUGGUUUCAAAAUCGUCGAGCCAGAGAACGUCGUGAUUCUAUUGAAUUUAAUUCAAACAAUGCUAUAAAAUCUUUAAAAACAGAUGAUGAUUAUCUUACACAAUCUUAUCAUGAACAUGAUGAGUAUAUAAUACAAAACAGUUAUAAUUUAAGUUCCAUAGCAAUUGAUAACCAAAUUGAUUAUCAAUAUAAACACAAUAAUUCACUUUCAAAUUCCUGUAUAUCAUCUUUACCAUUUACUGCAUUCCAUUCAAACUUACAAAAAUCGGACUUCAAUUUUAUUCCGAAUGUUAAACAGCCAUUAAAUCAGACCAAUAACGAGUUAUUAAUCCCAGUAUCAAUCAAGAAUGAUUUGGUGAAUAUAGAUAAACAAGAUGAACUAUUAACUGGCAUGCCUAACAUAACUGCUAAUAAAGCCAUGCAACGUAACAAUAAUAGUAACGAUAAUAAUCAUGAUAAUAAUUAUUUCAUCAUACCUGUAACUCAUAACUUGGAUGCAUAUUCAACUAUGAUGUUUGUGAGGUAUCUAGCAUUUUCUGGAAGGUUGGUUGGUUUAAAUCCUGUUGUCGAGGACGACCAUCUUCUGUCCGGGGAACCAUGUAUUUACGUCUUGAAUCAUCAAAGUUGCAUAGAUGUCACAGGUGUGGGCGACAUAUGGCCAAAACGCUGCUCGGUAGUUUCCAAAGCUUCACUUAGAUUCAUGGGGUUUUUGGGAAUAGUUAUGUGGCUGAGCAAGACUAUUUCCAUUGAUCGAUCCCAUCAUACUGAUGCUAUUUCUGCCAUGGAGAAAGCUGCCAUAGAAGCCAAACAGGAUAAGGUCUCGGUUUUCAUUUUUCCUGAGGGCACAAGAUCCGAUGCCGGUUAUCUUUUGCCUUUUAAAAAGGGAGCAUUUCACAUGGCCAUCGAGUGUCAAUUUCCGAUCCAACCUAUUGUUAUUGAACCGUAUGCAAAGUUCCUUGACCACAAAAAGAAACUUUUUAAAAGUGAUUGUCAAUUUUAUCCAAUUGGAAAAAUACAGCUAUACAAAUGGCUAAUAAUGUACGAAAAUAUCAUAGAUCUAAUCAACACAAUCAUGCAUAGAUGUCAGAUGAUUCAGCGAAAUCUAUCAUGAGUCGGGAAGUAGAAAGAAUAAAUCCUUGGCAAAUGUUACUUAUCAUUUAUACAUCUAUCAUUUAUAUUCUCCUUUAUUAUGUUAAUACAGGCACAUCUAAUUUGAAUGUUUUUGAAUAUAUUUCAUACAAUACUAAGCUAAUUAUUUUUAUAAUGAAUUUUUGUUAAUAUUACUGGACAUGUGUCAAUAGAUGUAGAAAAGAAUUAUUGUUGUCUAGAAAAAGAAACUAACAAAAAUCAAAGAAGAGUAAAUAGUUGUUCGAAACUUUUCAUCAUUCCCAUUCACAUUUUCAUGUCGAAUCGAAAUCAGAACUUACUUACUUUUUUUCACAGUGAUAACUAGACUAAUCGCUUGUUAAGUUGAAAUUAGAUUGUUCUUGUUUUUUGUUUUGUUUUUAAUUCUAUCGAUCCGUUAUUUAUUCCAAACUUAAUGGAAUAUGGUUGUAGGUGUGGUUUCCUAGGGAAUGAUUUACUAAAUCUAAAUAAAUUUAUGAUGCUUUCCAGUUUUCUUUCGUUUUUCAGUUGACAUAAUUUUG